AGAAGACAUACUAGGAUUCGUGGAGUGAAUAGAGAGCAAGGUCGGAAUCCUCAACCCCAAAAGAAAAUGGCGGCACUACAUUGAAAUUCACUCAGUCAGUCAGUCAGUCAGUGUACUCCCUAAGUUAACCUAGGGCUUGUCCCUUCUCACCACUGCAACAAUGUUCGGCACUCCUUCUUCCACCCCAGCCUUUGGCACUCCCUCUUCCACCCCAGCAUUCGGCACACCUUCUUCCACUCCAGCGUUCGGCACACCGUCAACGCCAGCAUUCGGCACUGGUGGUUUUGGAUCCUCACUAUUUUCAACCCCAUUUUCACAGCCACAGCAACAACAAAGUUCGUUAUUUCAAACACCACAGAGUGCGGGAGCGUUCAGCUUUUCCACACCUCCCACGCUGGCACAGUCAACUCCAUUUGGUCAACCUAAUGUUGCUCCUUCAGCCCUUCCGUAUGCAAAUGCUUCUACUCAGUUGACUACUCAGAUGGCUCCUGUCGCUCCACUUCCCUUUUCUCUCGCCGAUAGGGAUAUACAAGCAAUCGUUGAUGCGUACAAGGAGGAGACUGGUAACCCUAAGUAUGCUUUCAAGCAUCUUUUGUUCAGUGUGACGGAACCUCAACAAAGGACGAAACCUGCAGGAGUAUCUGAUAUUAUGUGGGCAGAGGCAAUGGGCAAACUUGAAGGCAUGGAGAGUAUUGACCGUGAGCGCCUGUGGCCUCAGCUUGUUCAGGGCUUCAAGGAUCUCUCCGAGCGACUCAAGCUUCAAGAUCAAGUCAUAGUUUCAGAUGCUGAGAGGGUGCAAAUGACGCAGAGCAAUGUGAAGAUGCUGCAAAGGCAUUUUCAAGCUGAUACCCUUCCUUGGAUUGAAAGAAUGAGACACAAAGAGCAAGGUCUUCAAAGACGCCUUUUGAGGGUGAUGAGAAUACUGGAGGCACUUGAAGGUAAAGGUUGUCGAUUGCCUUUGAUUAAAGGAGAGGCUGAAUUGGCGGAGAAGUUGGCUGCCAUCACGAGACAGUUAAAAGGUUCUGGAGCAGAACUUUCUAGGAGGGUGCAGAAUCUGCUCACAAUAUGCCGUGUUCAAAAUGGCCUUGGAGGUGGUUCUGUUUAUCUCCCUGGUUCAACUAAAAUUCAUGAACAAAGUCUUGCUGACAUGCAGGAGGUUUUGCAGCAGCAAACCGAGGCUAUUGCUAGGCUUGGCAAUGUAUUGAAGCGAGAUAUCCGCGACGUGGAGAUCAUAAUGGCUGAGGAAACAGAAAUGAUGGAAGGCUGAUUAUAGAACAACCUUGCCAACUGAUUUCUGUUUUGCUUGUAUAUUCAUGGUUUUCGUGUUAGGUGGUAUGAAGUGAUAAUGGAUACCAAACAUACUUGAAUUGUAUGAGAUCAAAUUUUGUUCAGCUAGCAGGGCCAGUGUUGAUAGAGUUGCAAUUCGUACGGGAAUGAUGAACUUGCUCUGGUUAAAUAUUUCCAGUCUAGCUGAAGUUACAACAGCAA